GAUAAUUCAGUCAAGGCUUCUCCCCAACGAGGCGUGCUCGUGGGCAGAGGACCGCGAGUGUCAGUCUAGUGGUCUUAUCCUCGUCUGCACGCCUCUUUUCCUCGUCUACACGCCAGCUUACUUUCCUCACGAUGUUUCGUUCCGAAUGUUCCAAGAUAUUAUGAGAUGUCAGAACUGCGGAGCUCGGUUUACGCGUAGAUUAACAAAAAGAACUCGAUAGAACCGCAUCUGCUCGGCCAAGCUGCUUCGCUCGGGGAGUCUUUACCAUCGCUCGCUCGCACCUAGCCCGAGCGGCACCGCGACAAUCGCCAGCGAUGGCGGCCAUAUCGUCUGCUGCCACGUCACUGGCAGCAGCGAGUGCCACGUCAGCCCGCGUGGUGGUGGGGAUAGAGGGCAUGACGUGCUCCGCGUGUUCGACCGCCGUGGAAACCGCUCUUUCCAGAUUGCCGGGAGUAACGGCCGCUGCCGUGGCGCUGCUGCAGAACCAGGCUCAGAUAACGUUCGACCCGAGCAUCGUUAAUGAGAGCGAAAUAGUCACCGCCGUAGAAGACGCCGGAUUCGACGCUAGAAUCGUCUCCCUUUCUCGGCCCUCCUCGCGUCAGUUAGCCGCUGUCGCCUCCCCGGUUGCUUCCCCAGCUGUCGUCACCAAUGCUUCUCCGGCCGCUUGUGGGGUUGCAGCAGCAGCGGCAUCUGCCACGUCGGCAGCUUCCAUUACUGCCACGUCAGCAGCGGCGCGGGUGGUGGUGGGGAUAGAGGGCAUGACGUGCUCCGCGUGUUCGACCGCCGUGGAAACCGCUCUCUCGAGACUGCCGGGAGUGGCAACUGCCGCGGUGGCGCUGCUGCAGAGUCAGGCUCAGAUCACGUUCGAUCCGAGCAGAGUCAACGAGAGCGAAAUAGUCACCGCCGUAGAAGACGCCGGAUUUGACGCUAGAAUCGUCUCCCUCUCGCGGCCCUCGCGAGCCUCGCAAGCAGCAGAAACCAUCAUGUCGUCGAGGUUUCCCACGGAUCAGAGUCUACUGCCUGCAAAUGCGGCGUCGGACCAAACUUCAGCCGCCGCUUUAUCGAGUCAGCCUACAGCCUCAAUGCCGUCGCAGUCGCAGCCGCUAGUACCAGCAGCAGCAGCUGCAGUUGCGUUGCCGGAUGUAGGGUUACCGACUUCGCAUUCGCCCGGCGUUGUAACAGUGCGGGUGCGAAUAACCGGCAUGACGUGCGCCGCGUGCGUUACGGCGGUUACCACCGCCGUCCAAUCCGCGACAGGCGUGCGCCGCGUGUCCGUGUCGCUCGCCACCGAAACCGCCGAGAUCGCCGUCGAUUCCGCGAUUCUUGGCGUGAAAGAUGCGCUGCGAUUGGUCGAGGACGCCGGAUUCGACGCCGCGAUUCUCGGCACCGACAGCGGGAGCGACCGGCUGAGCGUGACUGUAACGGGGGUGGGAGGCAGGGAUGACGUGGCAGCAGCGGUGGAGGUGGCGGUAUUAACAGUGGCGGGAGUUAGGGAGGUAAGUGUAGAUGCUAGGAGCGGGUGGGUGGAGGUGGAAUAUGACCCGGAAAUCACGGGAAUUAGGGACGUAGUGGGUGCUAUAGAGGCGAUUAGUCUGGUGGGGUUGGGGAUGGGUGGGGAGGAGGAGGGGGGGGAUGAGGAUGAUGAUUGGUUGGGGGAGGUUGGGGAGGAGAGGAGGAGUGAGGAGAGGCAAGAGCAAGGGAGGGAGGGGGAUGAGGAGGGAGGGGUGGAGGAAGGAGAGACGGAGGAAGGGGGGGAGGAGGAAGAGGAGAGGGAGAAAUUGGUCGGCCGAGGGAGGAAGAGGGGCCCUUGGGCAGAGCGGGCUCAUGCGCUCCUGACACUAGUAACGAGAACCCUCAAAACGAGGACAGCGAGAAGAGGGGAUCGGAGGAAUGGAGCGAGCGGAGCGACGGGAAGCGAUGAGAGUGCAAGGAAGGGCGGUUCUCACAGCAGGAAGGGCAGCAGAAAGCAUUCCCCGUCGCUGCGUGUCGCCCUGCCCAGCGUGCUCGGCUCCUACCGCCCCGACCGCUCCUCCGAGCUGCACUCCCUCACGCGCCAGUUCUCCCUCUCGCUCGUCUUCGCCCUCCCCCUCUUCCUCCUCAACCUCCUCUGCUCCCACACGCCCCUUCUCCGCCCGCUGCGCGCCGUCUCCCUCCUCCACGUCACCCUGAUCCAAUGGCUGAAGCUGCUCCUCGCCACGCCGGUCCAGUUCUAUCUGGGCCGUCGAUUCUACAUCGCAGGGUUCAGAUCGCUCCGCCACGGGAGCGCCAACAUGGACGUGCUCGUCUCCCUCGGGACCUCCGCGGCGUACGGCUACUCGCUGCUGACCCUUGCGGUGCAGAUGGGUACGGGGCGGUACCUGGGGCACGACUUCUUCGAGACGUCCGUGAUGCUGAUCGUGUUCAUUCUGGGCGGCAAGUACCUGGAGGCGGUGGCUAAAGGGAAGACGUCCGAGGCCAUUCAGAAGCUGCUGCAACUGGCGCCCGCCACGGCUGUUCUUGUGGACGUGAACGCAGAUGGCAAGGUGGUUUCAGAGAGGGAGGUGGACUCGCGGCUGCUGCAGAGGGGGGAUGUGCUGCGUGUGCUGCCAGGGGCUAGAGUGCCCACAGACGGUGUCAUUGUGGCGGGCACCACCCAUGUGAAUGAAUCUAUGCUGACGGGCGAGUCAGCGCCAGUGGCCAAGGGGCCGGGAUCUCGCCUGCUGGGCGGCACAGUGAAUCUAUCGGCCGGCGUGCUGCUGAGGGCCACUCAGGUGGGCAGCGAGACAGCCCUGGCGCAGAUAGUGUCACUCGUUGAGUCCGCCCAGCUCAGCAAGGCGCCCAUCCAGAAGUUUGCGGACCGCGUGGCGGCUGUCUUUGUGCCGGUGGUGGUGAUGCUGUCUUUGUCCACGUGGCUCUGCUGGUUCAUGGCUGGAAGCAUGGGGUGCAUUUCAUCCUCCAUGUUACCCCCAGGGGUAGACUCCCAGUUCACCCUCCCGCUGCUCUUUGCCAUAGCCGUACUCGUUAUAGCGUGCCCCUGCGCCCUCGGAUUAGCCACCCCCACUGCAGUCAUGGUCGCCACAGGGGUCGGGGCGGCGCAGGGCGUGCUUAUAAAGGGGGGAGAGGCGCUGGAAGCAGCGCAUAAAGUCACAUGCGUGGCGUUUGAUAAGACGGGGACUCUAACGGUGGGAAAGCCAAGGGUGGUGGCAGUGGUGCCAUAUGUUGGUGAUAAUACUGGGUUUGCUACUAACGAGGGGUGUGAUAAUGAGGCCAUGUCUCAAGCCGAGUUGCUCUCCCUAGCAGCGGCUGCAGAGGCCAACUCCGAGCACCCGCUGGGGCGGGCGAUUCUGGACUACGCGCAGCACUACUUUGUCUUUUCCGGGGGAGGCUUUCCUGGGGACGAAACAGCCCUUCCCUCCCCCCUUUCCUCCUCCUCGUCCUCGGCUUCCUCACCCUCCGGGUCGUCUCUCAAGCCCUCUAAGGACGUGAGCUGGAUGAAAGAGGCAAGGGAGUGUGAGGUGCUCGCAGGCAUGGGGGUGCGCUGCUGUGUGGACGGCCGGGUGGUGCUGGUGGGCAGCCGUGGCCUGAUGAAACACCUGGGCGUUCAGGUGCCCGCUCAGGUGGAUCUUCUGUUGCAGGCUCAGGAGGAGGAGGCCAGGACCGGGGUUAUAGUGGCGGUGGGCGGCAGGGAGGGGGGGAGUGAGGAGGGGGGGAGUGUGAGGGUGGGGGAGAACGUGAGGAUUGGGGGAAAUGUGAUGGUGGAAGGGAAGAUGUGGACAAAUGGGAGUGUGAGGGAGGGGGGGAGUGUGAGGGUGGUGGGGAGUGUGGUGAUCAGCGACCCAGUGAGGCGGGAGGCAGCGGUGGUGGUGGAGGGGUUGAGGCGCAUGGGGGUGCGGGCGGUAAUGAUGACGGGGGACAACCGCCGCACCGCCAACGCCGUGGCUCGACAGCUGGGCAUCCAUGAGGUCAUCUCUGAGGUGCUGCCGGCCCACAAGGCGGCUGCCAUCCGCUCCCUGCAGAUGGCACCUCCCCCACUCGGCCCUGCACCGGCCGGCAGCAGCAGGAGCUGCAUGUGUUGCCGGGUAACCGCAUUACUAGGCAGUGCUCUUGGCUGCUGCUCUGCUCUCCCUUGCUCUAUCUGCUCCGCGUGUGCCGCUGCUGCUGGCUUCAGUGGGAACGAGCGCCAGUCAGUGGUGGCCAUGGUGGGCGAUGGGAUCAACGAUGCUCCGGCUCUGGCCGCAGCCGACGUGGGGAUUGCCAUUGGCGCCGGCACCGACGUCGCGAUCGAGGCGGCGGAUUUUGUCCUCAUGCGGUCAAACCUGGAGGAUGUAAUCACGGCGCUGGAUCUCGCGAGGAAGACCUUUUCUAGAAUCCGAUGGAACUACGUGUUCGCCAUGGGGUACAAUGUGCUGCUCAUUCCAUUGGCGGCCGGCGUGCUGUACCCGGUGUUUAUGGUGCGGCUGCCUCCCUGGCUGGCCGGCGCAAUGAUGGCGAUGUCGUCUGUUAGCGUGGUGUGCUCGUCGCUGCUACUGCGGAUGUACCGCCGGCCCAAGCUGCCCGAGCUGCUGUUCGGCACGAUGAAGAAAAGGGCGGGAAGCUUCUCGCAGAAACUAGGAGCGGGAGAGGAGGAGAGGGGGUAGCUUCUUGAGAGGCAGACUAGAGGAGGGGAUUGCUGCUGCUGAAGCUGCCCGAGCUGCUGUUUGGCAAGACGAAGAACCCGGGGGGAGGCUUCUCACACAAACUAGAUAUGGGAGAUGAGGAUUCGGGGGAUGGGUAGCGUCUGAGACCAACUAGAAGAGGGCGGAUUACUGCUGCUGAGGGUGCAUCGCCGGCCGAAGCGAGCCUGCUGUUUGGGAUGAUGGAGAUAAGGGCGAGCUUCUGACGGAGGGGGGAGGGUAGCUUCUGAGGCGACUGAAUUGGCAACUGCUGACGAGGGGAGAGAGGGGGGGGGGGGGGGGGGACUGACUUUUGAAUCAAGUGGACGCAGCUGAGUGGCAGCACCUGUAGGUGUAAGAGAGGGUCUUGCAGGCAGUUGUAAGAGCGGAUUAUCCCGCAGCUGCAGUUCAAAGUAAAGCUUGUAGGCAAUGAUGGCAGCAGCUUGCAUUGAUGUUGGCAGCGGACGCAGUAGGUAUGUGAGGGGGGGGAUCGGCAGCAAAAGUAGUGGUGGCAGUGGGGUGGGAAAUAAGGCGAGGGUACCUGCUUACCCUCUUUGUAGGGCGUCUGUUAUUUGUAGCCUUUAUCCACGCUUGCAUGUAGGUUUGGGAACGGUAAGUCUUGUGGGAUGGGAUGGGACUCCGCGGAUUCUGAUUUGUUUUGGCUCGAGCAUUGUGUACGUGUGAGAUUUGUUUCCCCUUUGUGUUCAUCUUCAGAUGCAAGAUUAAUGUGCCGGGUUGUAGGGAACCAGAAUUUGCUUUGUGCAGCUGUGUUUGUAAAAAAUCAAAUGUUCGAUUGAUG